AUGCUCCAAACCCAACAACCUGCUACCAGGGGCAAGAAACCAGAGAAAGGGAAAGGAAAGAAAGUGGUCAAAGGGGCGAAAGGCCCUACUCCUAAGAAGAGAAAAUCAUCAAAGGCAGACCAAUCACCUCCACCGAAGAAGAAGAAGAAAACACAACCUAAAAGAAAACUUAUUCUUGCUUCUUCAUCAAUCGAAUCAGAGGAUGAAAGUUCAGACUCAGUGGAGACGGUUCGUGGCGACUCUCCUCCCCCCACAAAAACCACAACCACUGGAGUUGGAACCAACGUAUCUGAUACGGGGGAUCGUACUUCAGCACCCGAAGACACACCUAUAACCGAACCCACUUCCAUACCCGAACCUACUCUCACAAGCAAACCUCCACCAUCGCCUUUAUCUCCCAAUCACUCAGCCGAAACCGAGACAUUUUUAGGAGGGGAAGAUAUGACUUUCGAUUCAGUUUACUAUAGUUCUUACCAGGUUCAGAGCGAUGAUGAUGAUGAUGAUGCUCCUGUCACCAAAAAGCACAUCAAGGAACAUCAUGAGAAGAUUGAUAAUCUCGUCGCUUCUUCCUCCUCCUCUUGGUCCCAUAUCACGGAAGCUGCCAUUCAGGGGAUGGUCGAAACUUUCACCAAGGCACAUGAAGCCUCCAUCAACUCUGCUAUUGUUGCUAUAGAUGCAUCAAAAAGGCUUGUGCUGCUGCGACCGAAAAAGUCGAAAAACUAUUUCGAGAUGCUACCCACUUUUUGGAGUAUUUGCAGGGGGCAGCCGAAUCUAAUGCAUCGAAGAUCAAUUCGGUUGUUUAGAAGCUGA